AUGGCAGAACGUCCAGCAGAGAUUGCAGUUACCUCACAGGAUACAAAUGAGAAGAAGAAAGAAGAGGAGAACAAACUAGAUACCAAAACGAAUGGUACAAAGGAUGAGGAUGAGGAACUGGAAUUAAACACGGAUCUCUACCGUCCUGCUCUUGAAACGCUCCAGACACUCAUAAGAACAUCCACUUCGUCCAUGACUUCCAUUCCCAAACCACUCAAGUUUCUACGUCCACAUUAUCUGCAGGAGCUGUUCAGGACAUGGCCUACAUAUGAAAACAAGGUACGAGGAAAAGUCUGUUCGUCGAUAUGCUCUGUUCUCGAAAUGACCUACUCCGAUACUGAACCACGAGGAACGUUGCGCUACCGCCUGCUGUCUGCAUCUUUCCUACCCCUUACAUCCAAAAUCUCUGAACCCGGUUCUUGGGGACACGAGUACGUUCGUCAUAUUGCUGCCGAGCUAGGAGAGGAGUAUACCAUCCGCCAGGAGGGUGAAGAAGCAGGUCCCCCAGCUGCACCAGAGGCUGAUUCAGACGCACCUAAAUCAAAGCCUGCUCCGGUCCCUGGCACCAUCGAAGACUUACACAACCUCGGUUUGGAAUGCACCACAUUCUUCCUGGGACACAAAGCGGAGCCAGAUGCUGUCGACUUGUUCGUAGAGCUUGAGGUUGUUGACCGGAUAGCAAGUCUCGUGGACGCAAACACAUUCGGUCGUGUAUGUGCGUACAUGGACAGAUGUGUCGUGCUCCUUCCUCCACCUGACGAUGUGACUUUCUUGCGCACGAUACACACGAUCUGCCUCCAAUUCUCGAAAUUCCCCGAAGCUCUCGGUGUCGCGAUGAUGCCGCACGCAUCCGACAAGACUUCAACGCCUCGGGCAACCCGUAAGUCGUAUCACACGCGCAUUGACAUUCAUUCAUUUCUGCUCAGGAUGGUGAAGAAGCAGCUUGCUUUCCUUCUUGCACGCGCACAGAUUCCCAUCAAAUGGCUGAAAGCGUUAACUUCAGAGGACGCAGAUGCAGACUUGAAAAAUGAACUACCGACAGACAUUCUUAGACUGCCUAAGCAACACGCAGCUCAAGGUGAACUUGAGGACGUCUACAAAAGUCAUCUGGAGACCACAAGAUCAGGGCUGUCCGCCAAUGUCGACUCGGCUCGCGCUAACCUUGCAGGCACAUUUGCCAAUGCGUUCGUUAAAGCUGGGUUUGGUAACGAUAAAUUGAUGGUGGAAGCGGACGAGGGUAACAGCUGGGUGUACAAGAACAAAGAUCAUGGCAUGAUGAGCGCAUCAUACGCAGGCUCGCAUCGCAAGGACUUACUCGUUCUCCUCCUUCCUGCGGUCGCGGACGACGGCGUUUCGAUGGAGAUCGCUGCUCUCAGCACUCUCGCUCUGGGAUUCGUGUUCGUGGGCAGUGAAAACGGGGAGAUUACGAGCACGAUCUUGCAGACGCUGAUGGAGAGGGAUGACAAGGCGUUGGAUGAAGCCAUUGGUGGAAGUUCUUUAGUUAAAAUUGAUCCCUGCCAUGUACGAAUUGUAGUAUUAUUUGAACGCAGUGAAUCCAAAUCAGCUUGCAACCUUGGCGGUUUGAACAUUGACCUUAUCCAAC